CAGCCCGCAAAAGCGCCCUUCCGCUUAGGGACUGGAAUAGAAAACUCGAAGGAAAGGGAAGGAAGGGAAACUCGCGUUCCUCUCGGCUCUCGCCUCCUCCCCUCCGCCUCCAACCCUCGAGCGAAGGCGGCGGCCGCGAGGCGAGGCGCGGCGCAGCACGGAGGCGGCGAGAUGAAGGUCUCCGUGAAGACGCUCAAGGGCUCCAGCUUCCAGAUCGAAGUCGACCCCGAGGACAAGGUUGCUGAUGUGAAAAAACACAUAGAGAGUACACAAGGGAAUGUCUACCCAGCUGACCAACAAGUGCUCAUACACCAGGGGAAGGUGCUCAAAGAUGACACAACAUUGGAGGAAAACAAAGUGGUUGAAGAGAACUUUCUUGUUAUAAUGCUUAGACAGAACAAGGCUUCAUCUAGUGCAGCACCAGCUACAUCCAAUGCAUCCGCAAAUCAGGCACCCCCUGCUCAGAGGGUCCCUGCUGCUCCUGCACCUCAACCAGCAGCUGCCCCAGCUGCACCAGCACCUACUGUACCUGUCAGUGCUCCUGCUUCAACUGCCACAACCUCCCCAGCUCCUGCUGUUGCUGUACCCACUGAAGCAGAUCCUUAUGGUCAGGCUGCCUCAAACCUUGUUGCUGGCAGCAACAUAGAGGCAACAAUUCAAUCAAUUCUCGAAAUGGGUGGUGGGACAUGGGAUAGAGAGAUUGUGCAACGUGCUCUACGGGCUGCAUUCAACAACCCUGAUCGGGCUAUUGAUUAUUUAUAUUCUGGGAUUCCUGAGCAGAUGGAGGCUUCUGCACCACCUCCGAGUUCUCAGCCAGCUAAUCCUGUCCAGGCUUCACAACCAGCCCAAGCUGCAGUGCCUUCCACUGGACCAAAUGCUAGUCCUUUGGACCUCUUUCCUCAGGCCCUUCCAAAUGCUUCUGCUAAUGCUGGAGCAGGAAAUCUUGAUGUUUUGCGUAAUAAUGCACAGUUCCAAAGCCUGCUUGCUUUGGUGCAGGCUAACCCUACAAUUUUACAGCCAUUGCUUCAAGAACUGGGGAAACAAAAUCCCCAGAUUAUGCAGCUGAUUCAGGAAAACCAAGCCGAGUUCCUGCGCUUGAUCAAUGAACCAGUUGAGGGUGAUGAAGAGAAUGAAAUGGAUAUGCUAGACCAGAUUGCAGAUGCAGCUCAGACCAUAGCGGUUACUCCGGAGGAGAACGAAGCUAUCCUUCGUCUUGAAGCGAUGGGAUUUGACCGGGCAAUUGUCCUGGAAGUGUUCUUUGCUUGCAACAAGAAUGAGCAGCUGGCCGCGAACUACCUCUUGGACCACAUGAAUGAGUUCAAUGACGACGACGGGCCACUGGGCGGAGGGCCACUAUAAGAAGGCAGAACACUUGUCAAGCUCUGCAUCAUGCGAAGGCUGUAGGGCAGGCUUAGGAAAACUUUUUUUGGGAUUUGUCUCGUCCAUUAUUUAUCGCUUGUCUUGAAUUCUUUUUGUUUGGCGUUGCUCUUUAGUACAUAACUCUAGAUUACCAUUACAGACAGACUUUUAUAACGGGAUAUAAAGGUCAUGAGUCAGUUUUACUGGAUC